CAGAAGGAUUGCCACACUCGCAAAACACGUUAGUCUUACCUGUGGCUUCUGGCAGCUGUCAUGGACCACAUUAAAGAUGGGUGGUUUACGGAGUCGUGCGCGUUGUGGCCCGGGCAAGCGAUGAGCCUUCAGGUGGAAGAGGUCCUGUACAACAAAAAAUCCAAGUUUCAGGAUGUUAUGGUUUUUAAGAGUAAAACCUACGGGAACGUGUUGGUCCUGGACGGAGUGAUCCAAUGCACCGAGAGAGAUGAGUUUGCAUACCAGGAAAUGAUUGCCAACCUCCCCCUGUGCAGCCACCCCUGCCCCAAAAAGGUUCUGGUGAUUGGAGGAGGGGACGGCGGUGUCCUCAGAGAAGUGGUGAAGCAUCCUCUGGUGGAGUCUGUGGUUCUCUGCGAGAUAGAUGAGGAUGUCAUUAAUGUAUCAAAGAAGUUCCUCCCAGGCAUGGCCAAGGGCUUCUUUAGUCCCAAGCUGACGCUCCACGUUGGCGAUGGCUUUGAAUUCAUGAAACAAAACCAGGACGCCUUUGACAUCAUUAUUACCGACUCCUCAGACCCCGUGGGACCUGCUGAGAGUUUGUUCAAGGAAUCCUACUAUCAGCUGAUGAAGGCAGCUUUGAGGAGCGGAGGAAUUCUUUGCUCCCAGGGAGAGUGUCAGUGGCUUCAUUUGGAGCUGAUAAAGGAGAUGCGUACCUUCUGCAAAACCCUUUUCCCUGUGGUGGAUUACGCUUACGGCACCAUCCCAACUUAUCCAAGUGGCCAAAUUGGAUACAUGCUCUGCAGUAAAAAUCCUGAAACAAACUUCAGAGAACCGGUGAAAGCACUGUCAAAAGAAGAAAUGGAGACUAUGAACUUACAAUAUUACAACACUGAAAUUCACAAAGCCUCAUUUGUUCUACCUGAGUUUGCUAGAAAGGUACUCAGUGAUGUAUGACCAGCAACAACAGCUGACCUCCACGUUUGUCCUCUACCUGGCGCUCCGAACUCGGACUCAAGCAAUCUAACUUGGGGACUCCAUCUCUUCCUCCUCCGAGGAGUCGGUCUCCUCAGAGAGAUCAGUUUGUGAAAACCUGCUAAGUUUGUGAUCUAGCAGCAGCGUUUCCUUUCCUAUGUCGUCCCUCGUGUUUCUUUGUUUUUUUAUUUUCAAUUGUCUUAUCAGUAUUUUGUGAAAUAUGGGCCGAAAAGAAAGAAAGAAAGCAAACGUUAUCAAAGCUGACCUCAUUCUGAAACGUUGUUUUUUGUCAUUUGCUGCACGCUCCACAGCCACACACCAGUAUAUUUACCCAUACUGAAUACGUCUUGCUGCACAUUUUGUGUUUUCUAUCUGUUGUUGCUUUUGGAAAACACACAGUAUCCAUGACUGCCCAUUCAAGUCCUUGAUCUCCACAACAAAUCCUAUUGUGCCUGAUAAUGAUUUUAAAAACUCCCUUUCAGUUUAUAUCACAAUGUGCUGUAAAAGUAGUGUCCUCAACGUUGACUUAAGGGUCAAGAGUUGAAGAAAGUUCCUUUCAAAUGUGUUACUAACCUAAAAUGAAAUGAAAAAUGGAUUCUAGUAAUAAUUCUUGCAUUAAAACACAAUGAUUCUUAUACAAUAUUAUGAAAAAAAAAUUAUGAUUAACGAUGACCUUAAAUGAAAGGUUAAACAUUUUUUCCCCAAGAUAUGAAUUUAUUAUUCAAUGAUAGUUUACAGGAUUCUGUAUUGACCUUUGUUAGUAAACCUGCUGUAGUUGAGUCACAACUAUUCCAGUCAUGACACUAAUGUCUCACUUUUAUUUCUCAUGUCAGUAUAAAGAAAAUAUUGUGUCAAAAAAUCAACCGUUGUAACCUGAGAUGUAAACAGGUGUUUUUAUAAGAAUUCUGAACUAUAAUAAAAAGCUUAACACAAAAAAA